AAGGUUAAAACGUCAAUGAGGUGUUCUGCUCCCCGCCUGAAGAGCUUCCUGCUGAGUAGUAUUCCUGUCUUAUCAUGGCUGCCUCGCUACCCCAUCCGAGAAAACGCCAUUGGUGACCUGAUCUCUGGGCUCAGUGUGGGGAUCAUGCAGCUGCCACAGGGUAUGGCCUAUGCUUUGCUGGCAUCUGUUCCUCCAGUCUUUGGCCUUUACUCCUCCUUCUACCCCGUUCUCAUCUACUUCAUCUUCGGCACAUCCAAGCACAUCUCAAUAGGAACAUUUGCAGUGACUAGUGUGAUGAUAGGAGGAGUGACAGAUCGAUUAGCCCCGGACUCAGACUUUAUGAUAUGGAGCAAUGUGUCAAACUCCAGCAUAGUUGACAUCAUGUCUCGAGACGCAGCGAGAGUCCAAGUGGCUGCAGCUGUCACCUUCCUAUCUGGAAUAUUUCAGAUUUUGCUCGGUCUGGUCCAGUUUGGUUUUGUGGUGACGUACCUGUCUGAGCCUCUGGUCCGAGGUUACACCACUGGAGCUGCCAUCCACGUCAUUGUGUCCCAGCUCAAAUACACCUUCGGCAUCAACCCUGUGAGAUACAGUGGACCCUUGUCAUUGAUAUAUACGGUGCUAGAGAUGUGUUAUCUCAUUCCACAAACAAAUAUUGGUACUCUGGUGGUUAGUGCUGUCACCAUAGUCUGCCUUAUUCUCGCUAAGGAGCUCAAUGCAUACUUGAGUAAAAAACUACCUGUUCCUAUACCUGUGGAGCUGCUUGCUGUCAUUAUUGGUACAGUCGUCUCCUGGCAGGUGAACUUGGAGGAGAAAUAUGGAGUGGAUGUGGUGGGACUCAUUCCCUCAGGCCUCCAGCCACCGGUUUUCCCAGACGUCUCUCUGUUUGGUCAGGUGAUAGGGGACGCCUUCGCUCUGUCCGUGGUUGGCUACGGCAUUGCCAUCUCACUGGGACGAAUUUUCGCAAUAAAAUAUGGAUACAAGGUGGACAGCAACCAGGAACUAAUCGCUCUGGGUCUGAGUAACUCUUUCGGAGGAAUUUUCCAGUGUUUCACAGUCAGCUGCUCCAUGUCUCGCACCAUGGUUCAGGAGAGCACAGGAGGGAGAUCUCAGAUUGCUGGAGCUCUAUCUGCAAUUGUUAUCCUUUUUAUCGUGCUUUGGAUUGGAGCUCUCUUUGAAGAUCUGCCCAAGGCAGUGCUGGCUGCCAUCAUCUAUGUCAACCUCCAUGGCAUGAUGAAGCAAUUCCUGGACAUCCCUGUACUGUGGAGAAAAAACAAAGUUGAUGCGGUAAUCUGGGUGGCCACCUUCAUCCUCACCGUGUUGUUGAACCCUGACCUGGGACUAGCUGCUUCCAUCGGCUUCUCCAUGCUCACCGUCAUCUUCAGGACACAGCUACCUAAGUAUUCCCUGCUGGGGCAGGUCCCAGGCACUGACAUUUACAGGCCACUGGAGGAGUACAAUCAGGUGAAACAGGUGCCAGGGAUUUUGAUCUUCCGUUCCUCUGCUACACUCUACUUCGCUAAUGCUGAGAUGUAUCAAGAUGCCCUGGGGAAGAAGUCGGACAUUGAUAUUGCCAAGAUCCUGUCAGCAAAGAAGAAACUUGAGGCCAAAAGGAAGAGGAUUGAGAAGGAGAAUGCAAAGAAAGCCAAGAAGAACGGAGCAAACAUGCCAGAGCAGAUGGACAUUGCUGUCAUUGAGACAAAAACUGCGCGCAAGCCGUCAUACCCAGAAUGCAUCAUUCUUGACCUCAGCCCUGUCAACUUCCUGGAUACUGUUGGAAUCAAGGCACUACGAAAUAUCCAGAAAGACUACAGCGAAAUUGGUAUAGAUGUGGUUCUUGCUGGCUGCCAAACUGGUGUGGUGGACAACCUUCAGACUGGAGAUUUCUUCAACGACAAUGUGACAAAGUCCUGCCUGUUCUCCACCAUCCAUGAUGCCGUUUUGUACUGUCAGUCGGCCAAAAAGAAGGAUGAGGAGGACAUAAUGACACAGUUCUGA